AUUAGGCGUUUGAUAUCGCGAUUGCUCUAUCACGUACUCUACAAUGGCACCCAAAGAGCUCGCAACCAAAAAGGCGCGCAGCCGCGCAGACUAUGCCUUCCAACAGGAAUACCAGACCCGAUGGUUCGACAACGACAUGUACGCACACCUCAACAACACCGUCUACACGAUGCUCUUCGACUCCAUAGUCAACACAUACCUGAUCAGCCACUGUGGUAUGGAUCCGUUUACUGUCAACAAAGACGACUCAUCGGGGCCGGCGAUGAAGCAGAUUGCCAUUAUCGCAACUUCGUACUGUGACUAUUUCGCAUCUGUUGCGUUCCCGGAUGUGCUUGAGUUGGGAUUGCGAGUGGAGAGACUGGGAAAGUCGAGCGUAACGUAUGAAGUGGGUGUGUUCCGGAAGGGAGAGGAGGAUGUGAAAGUUGUCGGGGGAUAUACGCAUGUGUUUGUGGAGAGGGAGACGAUGAGGCCUGGGAGGCAAGGGAUGGAAGGAAGUGUACGAAAGGGGCUCAAGGGAUUGGUCAAGGAACCCCAGGCCAAGUUGUAAAUCACUUGCACAGAAUAGCAGAGAAGAUUAUAUUAAUGACCAGUACCAGACCGUCCAAACUCUGUGCGAAACAGCAAACACAAAUAACACCAACGCUGG